UUCACAACCAGACAGAGCAGAAUAGAUCUACACACAGAAUGGCCAAAACCUUCCUACCAGCUCUACUGCUCUAUGGAUUGAGUUUGGUCUCUGUGUUGGUUUCUCAGUCUCAGACUAUGGAGGUCCGUAUUGGGGAUACCAUCACCUUGCAGUGCUCCAAUGUUACAACGGCUGUGGGACACACAGCAUGGUUCAAGCAAGUCAACGGAUCAGAGCCUGUGUGUAUCUCGUCUAUGUAUGGCUUUAAUUCAACACCUGAUCUCCACAAUAGUUUUCAAAGGAGACAUUUUGAAAUGUUCAGCAACAACACCACUAUCUUUCUCAAAAUCCCAAAAGUGGAAAUAGCUGACUGUGGUCUGUAUUUCUGUGGAUUCUUUCCACAUAGUCACAUGUUCUUUGUCAACGGAACAGUUCUAAAAAUUCAAGGGCACAACGGAGGUGAGGAAAGACCAGAGUCAUUGACAAAAAGCACUGCCAAAGCAAAACCAAAACAUUGUAAUGGAACUAUCAGUCUAGUAGGAGAGGAUGAUGAUGGAGCGACGUUCCUCCUUUCCCUGGUUGUGAUCCUGGGUGUUGUGACUGCUGUUCUACUGAUAGUCAUCCUCAUCCUGGUUCUCAAGAUCAGACGAGACACAAAAACACACAACACAGGUAUCGAGGCUCAACUGCAGCCACAAAAUAGCCAGGACCCAGAAUCUCUGAACUACGCAGCACUGAGUUUCCUUCAGAAGAGGUCCAGAAAUAAGAAGACAGCUAAAGGUCAAAUGAUGGAGAUGGAGUCGAGUGUUGUUUAUGCUGCCACAAGAUAAUGUCAAAUGUUUUAAUGUUGAUAUCAGUGUACUGUAGCACCGACAAAGAACUGAUGCAAUAUAUUGAAUAGUAGUAGUCAAAAAUCCCCUUGUGACAGCCAUCAUGAUUGAGUGCUGAGGUAGAGGAGGAGGGGCCAGUGAGGAACGCAUCACUUCCUGUGUUGUGAGUGACAGGACGGAGCAGCUCAGUGUUGAGUGAGACCUGCUGAGGUGAACAUCACUGGGCCUAUCAUAGUCUUGACAGAAAGAUUGUGUAAUAUUAUUAUUAUAAUUUUUGGGGGGGAUAACCAAUAUUUGAAUACUUUUUGAUAUUAAAGACGACGUAGCCCUGGGCGUAUAUCUCUAAUUCUGUGUAAAUAAGAUUUAGGAUGCAAACCGCAACAAAAUAGGGGCACUAGUUUGUAUAAUAUAUUUGUAUGUCUAUGAUAAUGGUGACACUGAUAGGCCUUGUUAUUUUCCACUGAGGUAAAGUCCUCUUAUUCUCUAUCUCUGCUGAAGACGAGCAACCUGCACCACAGGAAGACUGGCCUAGAGCUCUCUCUCUCUGUUUGUCUCUCUCUCUCUCUCUCUCUCUCUCUCUCUCUCUGUUUCUCUCUCUCUCUCUCUGUUUCUCUCUCUCUCUCUGUCUCUGCAUAUAACCACACACUCUCUUCUCAACAAUCAGGCCCCACAUCAAUUUCCAUCCACACCGCCAGACUGAAAAUACCUGACCAAAACCAAACUCCUCCAGGCUCUAGACUAGAGACGUGCACAAUGUGUGAAGUGUACAAUGACAAACACUAUUAUACUUCAAAACAUUAUCUGCUGUUGUUAUCAUAAUUUUAUGGUUGAAUUUAUUUGAAUACAUGAUGCACAAUGAUAUGUGUGGACAUCUGGGGUUUGGGACACCUGUACACCACCUGUAUACCGCCACUUGUACACCGCCAAUAAAGGUGAGUGGGCAAUGUUCAAAAAAUCCAUAAAAUGUUAGUUUUUUUUAACUUCUUGAACACUUUUGUUCACUUGUAGGCAUACUUCAAUCAUACUGCAUACAUUAUGUGUUUGCAUGCAUAGGGAACGCAUCCAUAAACAAUAGGCCUACUGCACUAAUGUUGAGUGUGCCGAGGCAGGUGUCAAUGCUCUCAGCCUGGUCUAAUACACUAGACGUAACAUAGUAAAUGUAAAUCAGGGAAGUUCUAAUUAGUAUGAUAUGUUACAUUUGGUAUGGUUA